UGGACGUGCUAUUGCGGAGAGUGUAGCAGUAGAAAAGGUUUGCGACUGGAAACAUGGCCGGAAAAUUAACGCGGUUAUCGGAAAAGUGCGGAACGCUUAGGAAAAUACCAGUCAUGAACCGGUUCUGCUAUCUUAGUUAAAUGCGUGUAGUUUUUGGAUGUGCUGAUGUGGUUUUCAGCGGUUUGAAAUAGGGCUGAAAAAAAUGUUUGGAAGCAAGUUGCGGGCAUGGAUGGAUGCCGUAAGGCCCAAAAAGAAACAACAACGAAAAGAUAAACAAGGAAAAUGCUUAAUCACGGUUUCAAAUGGCUCUAAUUUAACCAGUCACACGGUUAAGUGGGAAAGCAAUUGUUUGUCUAGUGUCAAUGGGGAAGAUGACGCGGCACCACCAAAAAUAAAACACGCUAAAAACUACAAAGUUUAUUGCAAACGUGACGGCGCGAAUACACAAUUCCCCCGGUACUCAACCACAAAUCUUUCUUCUCCAGAAUCGGCUUACUCCACCGGAUAUAGUACCGAUGGCACGUCUCCGGGUGCUCCACCCGAUUACUUGCUAAAUGGUCCAAAAACACAAGCGGUGGCCAACACAUUGACCUCUAACGGAAACCCUCAAAACGCAUGUUCUUCAAUAAACGAUAAAUACAUACCACAACAACCUGCCACCAAAGCAACCGAUGUCGAAGAGAAGGAUACCAGUUUACAGUCUUCAACUAUAUUUUACGGAAAGAUUACUGAGGGUACAGUGAGCGGUAUAGUUUCACCUAGACAAAGAAAUAGAAUAAGAACAAAUCCAUGGUUACCUGGUGGUACAUCCAACGGAACAUCUACGCCUGUGCCCUCAAGGCAAGAGUUAAAAAGAACACCGGUAGUUUUUAGAAGCUACCAGGAUAGCUCCAUACAACAUCGAUACUUGAGUCCUGCAGUCCAUCGUCGUUCUUUAUCAUCUUCUUCAUGUUCUUCCUUAAGCGCUACUAACAUAGCUUUCGAUCACCAUGUGCCACGUUCCUUAAGUGACGAAGAUGAUUGUACUUUGAACGAAAUGAUGGGGAAAUACGACGAAAGCUAUGUGUACGAAAAAGAAACAGAUAUUUUAAGUGACAGCAACCCCACUGACUGCGAAAGCGAUAUUGACACCGGCCAAGAUGGCGGGGAUGAAGAUGACAUGGCCGAGGCUGAACUAGACUUCAUUGAUAAUGGUUCCUAUUUAGAAAUAGACUGCAAAACGGAUAACACGGGACACUGCUCUUAUUUUGUACCACUAGAUUCACAAAGAAGGAGAUCUUCAAGGAAACGCAACGUCAGAAGAUUUAAAGAUUCUAAUUCACAGAGACAUCGGCCUAUUCCUAAUAAGAGAUGCCUGAGACAUUCGGAGAGGUUAAAGCAUUCAAGUUUCCAUCAAAACGGUUCGAAAAGUGCCGGAGCAACACCCGUAUCCGUCCGCCGAUCAAGCUUUCGACCUGAACCUUCCAAAUCAGCUCAAGACGAGUGCCUAAAAAAGCGUUCCAACUCUGUCUGUUUGCAGAGGGACACGACGCAACUUAUAGAUAAACGAGAUAUGGAAGCUGAUUUAAAAUACCGCGAAUUAAUUGGUCAAGCCGAACAAAUCAUAAGGACAAUGAAUAUUAACGGUCUUUCACCACGAAGGUUACCUGGUCCGGCUAAUAAGCGAGUAGAACUUCUGAAGUCUGCGGAAUGUGCCAAAGCGGAGGUUCAUUUCAAAAGUAAACCUGUAGAUGAUACGUUAAACACGAAUUUAGCUAUUAAUAAAGUGCCGUCCAAUGCGAAAACUAAUCGGUUUAGUCCUAAGAAAAACCAUAUCACCAAUUUUAUUAUCAAUAAUUCACCCGGGUCUGUUCGGAAAGAGCUUCAAGGUCAAACGCCGUUGAUCCCACGGAGAAACUUGCCGGAAGAAAUACACCAAUCGCCUUUAGUUAAAAAGAAGUUUAACGACAACGGUCUAAUGGUAACAAAGAAAACGAUGAAGGAACAUCGACACUUUGCGUAUACUUCACCAAUUGGACCUCGAAAAUGUCAUCAACCUAGAAGCAUUUUGCUUAAAAACGACAAUAUGUCAAGCCCGAGGCACAAGAGGGCAAACAUGGCGGCAACAUUGGAAAGUAGUAGUUCUGACGACGAGGAGUUCCACACAGCUAGGAAAAAGCUAUCAAAAAGUUGUCCGCAGAGCGAGCCCAUGCGCAGGAAAGUAUAUUUCGGCUGUAGCGCGGUAAAUUUUACAAAGCAUCACGGCAAAACGGUGGUAUUUAAUUUAAACAGCGAAGCGGUUAGUGUAGUUAAAAAUAAACUUGGCAGUACCGAGAAUUUGCGUCAUCAAGUACUGCUUAACACAAUUCAGAAUUUGAAAAGGAAUCUAGAAGACCAAUCUGCUUCCUUGCAACAGACUUACAGAAGUACACAAAACAUGUACAAAUAUUGAAACGGUAAAGGGGUAACUAAUACCAACUUCUUUUCGUUAAUAUUUCUAGUUUUUUACGCCUUUGAAGGUAAAGAAAUACUAUUUUACAAGUAUCUGUUAUAAGUGUUAAAUGGUUCAUAUAUUGUUCGGAUAAAAAUACCAGAGAAAUAAAAAAAAUUAAGGGCUCACAAUUUUUUUAAAGUGCUAGUAUCGCAUCUAUUUUUUACUGUAUAAAUUCCGCAGUAAAAUUUAAAUGAAGACCCCAACAUAGACGCAGUUCUUAGUAAUGUUGUUAAAUUGUAAUUUGUUCUUUAAAUUGAAUUCGAACUCGGAAGAUCCCAGCCAGUCUAGACAUUAUUGUAGUGUUGUGUCGGUUGUAGAAUAAACUAGUCCUAGUAGAAGACGAAACGUAACAUGCCAAAGUAGUUGACGAUUUUUAUAUCUCCGUAGACAAUAUUUAGCAAUGGAAUAGUCAGUAUAGGUAUCCUAUUAAUCGUUUUGUAUUCACAAUCGGAUUAGACGUCGUCCAUUUUGUGCCAGUCCGGCCCUGUGCCGAAUUUUGUAGUAUUAACUGGCUUAGUCCGACUUUGUCUACAUAUCUUAUACGUAAAACAUGUUUCAUUGUAUUUUCCCUGUUGAUGUAAAAUUAUAGUCUGGUUAGAUUUGGCGAUUUUUAACAAAAAUUUUAAUAUAGUCGUUGUUACGCUUUGCGAAAAUUCUGUUAAAAGUCGCAUUAAAAAAAUAAUUUUGACAAUGAUAGUAAAUGUAGGUUAGAAAAUAGGACAAUGUCUUCUCGAGAAAAAAAAGCGCUAGACUCUAUCUCUUGGUUGAGUAUAAAGUUUAAUUUUAAAGCAAUUCUAAAAGGCUGAUUUUCGACUGGUUCGUUAUUUUAAUUGUUAUUGAAAUUGUUAAAGAACCCUUUAAACUCUUAAUAAUCGUUAUGUCUUAUCAGCGUUUCACAAUUUUGCAGCAAAAUUUUUGUUAACGCACAUACUUAGCAAUCAUGGCACAACACGCCUGCGCAGUACCUGUUUACCUGUUGAAUGACGUACCUAUACCUACUUAAUUUCGAACAGUUAAUAUUUUUAUACCACGCGUAAUGCGAUUAUGUCGCUAUAUUAAUAUUCAACUUAUUAUUUAUUUUUUUACGGGUUUUUUCUAACUUAGUUAUUUUUGCUACUACAUUAUAACGGCCUCAUUGAAAACGGUUGUUUUUCGAUUUUCACCUUCGCCGUGAGUCAAUGUGAGCAAUUGACACUAUUCCUGAUAGCUCAGUUGAUCGACCUCUACGGCUAUUGUUAACCUGUAUAUUUGUAUGAUGUCGAUCAUUCAAAUCGCCGAAACGUUGAGAACGAACAACUCGCGACGACCGCCUCGAAAACGUAUUUUAAAGUGAUGGCCGCGAAAGCCUUAUUACAUCGUUAAUGGCUUGAUUUUUAGCCGAUAUUUGCCCUACUAAGAAAUGAACAGCAAAGCUGUUAAUCGUGAUCUUCCUGUAUCAUCGUAACGUUGAUUUAUUUUUUAAAUGUUCACUUUGUAAAUAUAUAAAUU